AUCGGCGACCCUGCUGCGCGAGCUGCAACCUAUCAUUGUAGUGGGAGGAUAUUGAUUAUGAAGGCGGUACCACACGUCAGAAGAGACCAAUCCGAAGAGAGGAAACAAGUUGUGAUGUCUGGUCCUAUCCAGUAACAUAGCUGAGGAGAACAAUAGUAGGGCGGGAAAUCGACGGGGUCUUAGAGUGACAGCCGGCAGAAUUUUUGUUCGCCUGUAAGGUACUUGUGUCGAUAAUCAAAAGUCGAUUGCGGAGAAGGAGACUUCGUGUCUGCGGAAACACGCAGCAUCCCUUUUUCAGGGAUGGCGCCGCUACUGGGCCGCAAACCCUUCCCUCUAGCGAAGCCACUAACUGACGUGAACGAAGAGGAGAUAUAUGUCGUGGAACACACUAAGGAGGCCUUUAGGAGCAAAGAAGAAUAUGAAGCUCGCCUAGAGCGGUAUGCUGAGAGAGUCUGGACGUGCAAGAGCACAGGAAGUCUUCAACUGACCCAUAAAGAGGCUUGGGAUGAGGAACAGGAAGUGGCAGAACUAUUGAAAGAAGAGUUUCCUGUUUGGUAUGAGAAGCAGGUGUUGGAAAUUGUUCACCAUAACACUAUUUCUCUUGAUAAGCUUGUGGACCAGGCAUGGAUGGAGAUAAUGACCAAGCUUUCUGUGGGAGAGGAAUGUGACUUUGAGGUGGGACCAGAGAAGUACAUUCGAGCAAAAAUAGUGCAGGUGCAUCCUCUAGAAAAUGAGGAGCAGGCUUCUGAGAAAAAGACAGACGGGGCGGCAUGUGACUCACCAUCCAGUGACAAAGAGAACUCUGGUCAGGUGUCUCAGGAUAACCAAAUCAAGGAAGAAAACAGACGGGAAAGUUUGAGAGAGAGUGACAGGGCAAGACGAUCACCUCGUAAGUUACCUACAAGCCUAAAAAAGGAGGAAAAGAAAUGGGUUCCACCAAAACUACUUCCACAUAAAUAUGAUGUAAAGCUGCUUAAUGAGGACAAGGUAGUCAGCAAUGUUCCAGUAGACAACUUGUUUCGGUCUGAGCGUCCUCCCAAUAAAGAGAUUCUAAGAUAUUUCAUCAGACAUUACUCGCUGCGUAUUGGUACAGGAGAAAAUGCACCUUGGGUAGUGGAAGAUGAAUUGGUGAAAAAGUACUCUCUACCUAGCAAGUUCAGCGACUUUUUACUGGAUCCACACAAAUACAUGACUAUGAACCCUUCAUCUGCAACUAAGAAGAAGAAGAGUCUCACUUCCCCUGAUCAGAAGCCAGCCAAAAAAGCAAAAACUGAUGCAGAGAAAAACAAGUCACCUUUAAAAGCUACUAUGUGGUGCCAGGUGAACUUAAAGAAGACUGUUCUUACAUCGCCUGUGAUAUUAAAAAAAGGAGCACAUAGCUCUGAGGAGGAGCUGGAACAGAUCAUGAAAAUUGUCAGCUCAUCAAAGUUUCAUGCCAAUUUUAACAAAAAAGGAAGCAAUCAAGCUGAAAAAAAACUUGUGAAGAAGAAAACUAAAGCUGGCAAAUCACAAGUAAUGAAUGGCCAAAAAGUCUCUGGUAAGACCAGCUCUCCUAAAAAGGGAUUGAAAAGUCCCAAGAUGAAACAAAUGACCCUACUAGACAUGACUAAAGGUACCCCAAAAGUUUCACGUGCCCCAAAAAGUUCAUCAGCCACACCCAAGUCUGUGAACAAGUCUCAAAAACACCUCCCUCCUGUUGCUCUACAUUUGAUUUCUUACUAUCGUGAUAACAAGAAUAGAGAGGACCGAAAGAGUGCUUUAUCGGCUGUCAUCUCCAAAGCAGCUCGACUGCUUUCUUCUGAUGAACGCAACAAACUACCUGAUGAGCUACGUGAUCUUGUACAGAAACGGUUUGAGCUGCUUGAACAGCGCAAGCAAUGGGCUAUGAUGACUGAUGAACAACGAGAAGAGCUUGCUCGACAGAAAAGAGCAGCAUUAAAAGCAAGAAUCAAGGAAAAGGCUAGGGAACGGAAACUGAAAGAAAGACAAGAGCGUCUAGAAAAGCAGAAGCGGUAUGAGGAUCAAGAACUUACUGGGAAAAGUCUUCCUACUUUAAAACUUGUGGACACCCCAGAAGGGCUGCCAAACACCCUAUUUGGGGAUGUAGCUAUGGUGGUAGAAUUUCUGAGCUGUUACUCUGACCUGCUGCUUCCAGAUGGGCAGUAUCCAGUGACUGCUGUUUCUUUAAUGGAAGCUCUCGCUGCUGAAAAGGGAGGUUUCAUUUAUUUAAACAGAGUGCUUCUCGUAUUGCUUCAGACACUUUUGCAGGAUGAGAUAGCAGAGGAUUAUGGAGAGCUAGGUAUGAAGCUAUCUGAAAUACCACUUACUCUACAUUCGGUUUCCGAACUAGUUCGUCUUUGCUUGCGCAAGUCUGAUUCUCCUGCUGGAGAGAGUGAUGCUUCAGACAAGGAAGACGAGGAAAGUGAAGGUUCUGCUGUCUUUCAGGAUGAUGAAGUAGAAGAUGAAUUUUUAGAGAAGUUAGAGACUACUGAAUUCUUUGAACUUACUACAGAAGAGAAGAUUCACAUCCUGGCAGCACUCUGCCACCGUAUUCUCAUGACUUACUCUGUACAGGAUCACGUUGAUGCCAAGCAGCAGCGUUCAGCCGAACUAUGGAAGGAGAGGCUGGCAAUAUUAAAGGAGGAAAAUGAUAAAAAGCGGGCUGAGAAACAGAAGCGUAAGGAGCAAGGUGCCAUAGUUAAGGAGGACAAUGCACCUGUCAAGCCUGUUAAAAAGCCUGAGAAAGAGAGUAUGCCAGAGCAGCCACAGAUUGAGCAGGAGCCAGAUGACAUGAUCAGUGUUGUGAAGAGUAGGAGACUACAGGCAAUACAAGCCAAAAAAGAGAAGGAGGAGUUCGAGAAGCUGACAAAAGAGCGAAUGGAAAAAGAGGCAGAGGAGGAGCGAAUACGUAAACAUAGAGCAUCUGCAGAGAAAGCAUUUCAUGAGGGAAUUGCCAUGGCAAAGUUAGUAUUAAGAAGAUCUCCAAUAGGCACAGACCGUAACCACAAUAGAUACUGGUUGUUCUCAGAUGCAGUACCUGGAUUAUAUAUUGAGAAAGGCUGGGUACACGAUAGCAUCAAUUAUAGCUUUCGAGUUGAAGAAAAUGACGAUGAUGAUGAUGAUGAUGACUAUGACCAGGAUAUGGAGAGUAAUGUGGAGAGUGUUGAUGCAGAGAGCAGUGUUGGUAGUCCUGAUGAUUCUACUCAGAGAGAAAAACAGAUAGAAACCACUUUCCCAAAACAAGGGCAGAACCUUUGGUUCCUUUGUGAUACCCAGAAAGACUUGGAUGAGCUACUGGAGUGUCUUCAUCCCCAAGGUGUUCGUGAAAGUCAACUUAAAGAACGAUUGCAAAAAAGGUAUCAGGAUAUUAUGCAUUCCAUCCACCUAGCUCGCAAACAGAAUCUGGGUUUGAAAACUUGCGAUGGGCGCCAGGAACUGCUCACGUACUUACGCAGUGAUAUUACUGAGGUGGCAAAUCGAUUGCAGAAAGGUGGUUUGGGAUAUUUGGAUGACACCACAGAAUUUGAAGAAAAGGUGGCAUCAGCUGUGGAGAAGUGGAAAGCUGCCAUACGUGAGGCGCAGACUCUUUCACGCAUGCAUGUACUGCUUGGGAUGUUGGAUGCCUGCAUCAAGUGGGACAUGUCCUCUGAGAACUCCCGCUGCAAAGUGUGCCGUAAGAAAGGCGAAGAUGACAAGCUAAUACUUUGUGAUGAGUGCAAUAAGGCUUUCCACUUAUUUUGCCUACGUCCUGUACUUUUUAACAUACCGGAUGGUGAAUGGCUGUGUCCUGCCUGCCAGCCUGCCACUGCAAGACGCAGCUCCCGUGGCAGGAAUUAUGCUGAAGAUUCAACACAGGAUGAAGAUGAAGAAGAGGAGGAGGAAUCUGAGGAUGAUGAAGAUGAUUUUGAAGAUGAGGAAGAGCAGGAAGUUGUAGGGCUUAGAUUGCGAUCUCACAAAGCUGCUAAAGGCAAAGCAAACCGUCCCAAUCGGCGUGGACAUCAUCAAGCAAAGAACUCACAACAAACAUCUCGUUCAACAAGGCAAAAUUCAACUACCGAUAGUGGAGUUGAUGUGGAGGAGAUGGUGCGUCAAAGCAAGCCAGCCUCCCGACGGUUGAGCCAGGAGCUGCAGAAAUGUGAGGAGAUUUUAGCCAAGCUCAUAAAGUACCGAUUCAGCUGGCCUUUUAGGGAGCCUUUGAAUGAUGAUGAAAAUGAGGACUACAUGAAGGUUAUCACAAGUCCUAUGGACUUUCAGACCAUGCAAAGCAAGUGCACAUGUGGCAGCUACCAGACAGUGCAAGAAUUCUUUAAUGAUCUUAAACUGGUUUUUGGAAAUGCAGAAGAGUACCAUGAGUCAGGAAGCUCUCAGUUGUCCUGCUUAGAGAAGACAGAACAGUGCUUGCGGGACCUCCUUAACAAGCACCUUCCAGGACACACUUACCAGAGAAAACAUCGUAAACGCCAGGCUACAGAGCCAGAUCCUGCCAACUCAGGCAGGGGGCGUAAGCGGAAGAAAUGAUUAAAUGUAAGGGGUGUGAUGGGGGUAGAAUGAAAGGGAUUGAGGGAGGCAUAGUAUGGAGGAUGUGGGGAAAAAAGGCUGCAAGCCCCCCUUUUUUGAGUGACCAAACUGGCAUUUCUAAAAAUUAAUACCAUGAUCAGGAAGUAUUCUGUGGGAGGGAUCAGUUAGGCUGUGGGAAUUUUUCUUCACUGUGUAGCCGGUUACCAUCAGCUAAAUAACAUUUGUAGUAGUCUUGGUACAGGAUAUAGCUCAGUUUACCCUAAUAAAAUGUGCUGCUACCUAUUAUGUAUUAAUACUUGUGAUGUCAUCAAGAUAACUACAUUAAGAGUACAGUACAAGUAGGUAGCAAAGUCAAUUUAAGCUUUGGUUUUACAAAUUUUUGUUUUGUACAAUAAGAAUUUCUGAGCUCAGCAUAUUCAUGGCUAAAAAAAAUGUCAAUAGAAUACUACUUUUGUUCCAUAGGAUCCUGCAACACAUUGUAAGCUCUGGAGAGCAAAUGCCAGCAAUGCACUGCCAAUCUAGAGUGUGGGCAAAAAAUAAAUUGCAGAGAAAAGAUUAAGAAAAUUAUUGUGCACUGGACUUGAUUGUCAAAAAAGGAUCUUGCUCUAACCCUUGUAUGUAGAGAUUACAUGUCAGCUGCUUCUCAUAAAUGGACAGAGUCAGUGUGGAGGCUGGCAUGUUGUCCCAUCCCCACAACCAAUCACCAGCAAUCCUAAAUUUGCCUGCCUCCCCUCACCAAGGGCAACCUCUCAGAGGACUGCACUUACAAGGAAGUGAAAGCUGAUCUCUCUCACUGGGCCCCACCAUCAAUGGGUUCUUUUUAAAUCUUCCUCUGCUAACGCAGCUAUCUGACAGUCAAACAGGAAAGUCACUUUUGUGUGUUUUUUUUUUUUUUUUUUUUUUUUUUGUACUGGUUCCCUCCUCCCCUUUUUCUAGAUAUUCAAUGUUUUUGCUUGUGUUCUUGUAUAAAGGGAGACUUUGUCAAGGUUUGGCACAUGUACAGUACAGUUUAUAUGAAAGUGUUUGACUUUAUUAAUAUUAAAACUGAAAGAACAAUAUGUAAUUCUGUUGUGUAUAGUUUAACAUUCUCCUUUACAUGUCUGCCAUUUUAUCAUUGUUCAGAUAUGGAUCCACAGGAGGACCAUCACUCAGAAUUAUGAAACUAUUUUUUAUUUAUGAAUGGUAACUUUUAAUUAAACUUAGAUUUGAAAGUA